GGGACAGUGUGAUUGACGGAGAUCAAGAUGGCGGCGCCCAUCGUUAUUCCGGAUACCGCCAGCGUCCGAAAGGCAGUGUCCCUCAUCAAUGCUAUAGACACAGGCAGGUUCUCUCGGCUGCUCUCCCGCAUCCUUCAAAAGCUUCACUUAAAGGCUGACAGUACUUUUACGGAAGAAGAGGAAGAAAAGCUUCAGGCUGCUUUCUCAGUGGAAAAGCAAGAUCUCCAUCUUGUCUUGGAAACCAUAACCUUUAUUUUGGAACAGGCUGUAUAUCACAAUUUGAAACCAAGCAUUCUGAAACAGCAGCUGGAACAUUCCAACAUGGAUCAUGACAAAGUAGAAGUGUUUUCCACUACAUGGGCUGCUGCAGGUCCAGAGACGGUGGAAAAGUUCAGACAAAGGAUGUUGUCACCUCAUAAGCUUGAGACAGUUGGAUGGCAGCUUAACCUUCAGAUGGCUCAGUCCACCCAAGCAAAACAAAAAUCUCCUCAAGCCAUAUUAGAACUUGGAGUGAGCAACGAAGAUUCAAAGAACUUGGAGAAAGUGUUUGUGGAAUUCAGCCAUGAAGAACUGUUUGAAUUCUAUAACAAGUUGGAGUCUAUACAAACUCAGCUGGAUUCUCUUACAUGAUACUGUGUGAAGACUACUUUCUCUAUCACAUUCCUGCCGCUUCAAUAUUGAAGAUAGAUUGGCUGACAGUGUUUGCUGAAAUACUCAGUUGGUUGCUGCCAGUAAAUGACUUAUGUCUUCUUUGGCCACUAACAUUAGCCAAAUGAAAUCAUUGUUAAGAAAAUUGAAGCUAUAAUUGACUUCUUCAUCUUUUCAGAGUCCUUGCUAUUCAAGUUUUACUUUUGGGGGGUGGGGGCGUGGGAGAAAUAUGCUACACUGUUUUGGAGUUCUUUGAAUUAUCUUGAAGUUUGUGCUGUUUUAUUUUGGGGUUUUUUUGCAUAGAAGAUAGUAAUUUACAUAAUAUUGGGGAAGCAGAAAUGAAAUGUGUAUCAUUACUGUUAAAAGAACUGAAAAAUGUAUUGCUUACUAAACAGUAGUCAAAGAUAAAAUGGGUAGUGUUGGCCCUAAUUAUUAUAUCUUACUAGUAAAUAAAAGAAACUGUUGUUCUGAACACUUAA